AUGCCUCAAGCACAGCCAGAACUCAAGAAGGUGAGUGAACAACGCCGACGCAAGCUUCCAGAACCUAACCUUGUAAAGUACCUCGAGAAGCGCGUUCUCGUCCAGCUCAAUGGCAGCCGCAAAGUCAUGGGUAUCCUCCGCGGAUACGACGUCUACCUAAACAUUGUACUUGACGAAGCGCUGGAAGAGAAGGCUGGCGGCGAGAAGGUGCGCAUCGGCAUGGUCGUCAUCAGAGGAAAUGCCGUGGUCAUGCUUGAAGCGCUCGACCGCAUCAACCAGGACGUACCCAAGAUCGGACGAUAG